AUGUCCCUUGCCAAAGGUGUGUUCGUCACAAUUACGCUCAGUGUUGAGGCACGUCUCGCCAGGAUCGAGGCACGGCUCGACAAUCUGACUGCUGACGGAUCAGCACGAGAUAACCAAUCCCACGAUGAGCCGGACGAAGAUGCUGGUGACUUCCAGGGCGACACGGCGUUCCAAGCACCAGUGACGGCUUUCAAUGACAAUCUCGGUCCCGUGAGAGCAAGGCUUGGGAUACCUGCUACGCCUGUCGUCAACACGUCUCCGGAAGCACGCAGCUACAACUUCGGCUCCCCUCAGGCAACACUGGACAAGCACUACGUAUCCAUCGGGACAACCUCAUUGGCGUUUCCUAGCUUGACCCAGUACGACAAAUAUUUGGCCUUCUUCUUCGCGGAUAUAAAUCCAUGCCAUUCCUGUGUCAACGAGGCAGACUUUCGAACGAGGGCAGAGAGCCUUGUCACUACGAGAAAGGUGGCUCGAGAAGAGGUGUGGUUCCUGGCCCUUAAUUAUAUCAUCUUCGCCUGUGCCGAUAUCUUGCAGGAUGUCGAAGCACUCAACGAAACCAGAAAACUCCCAGGUUGGGAGUGGUUCCUGAUAGCGGAAAGUCUCGUUGGAAAGCGCAAGAUAGGUGGGCGAGGAGAUGCAAGCUUGAUCCAGUAUCUGAUCUAUGAAGCUUUCUAUCUCGUGCACGCAGACAAGCCGAAUGCAGCGUACAACUCUAUCGGAUUGGCUUGCCGUCGGUGCUUUCAGUUCGGUCUUCAUCAGCAAUCCAUCGAUGCUUCUAUCAGUGACGGAUUCACGAGGCACAUGCGACAAAGACUGCUCUGGACGGUCUACUUUGUCGAUCGCCGGAUCUCGCUCAGCUGUGGACGUCCCUAUGGUAUCCGAGACUCAGACAUUAACAUGGAAUUGCCUGCUUUCAUCAACGACGCCGCUCUGCGGCCGAAUCUUCCUCUGCCGGAAGUUGACCCGUACGAGUCUGCAAUACCUUACCUACACAGCACCAUUGCAUUCUCGAAACUGGCAGGCGAGGUGUGGGAUCGGUUAUUUGCGGCUGGGGUCUCACAAUUCGAUCCCGAGGUGAUCGUGGUCUUGGACGCGAAAAUCAAACACUGGGUUGAUGUGGCGUUUCCAAGGCUUCCCCUGAUGCCGCUGGAUGGUCGAAGUACGCGAAGACACCAUCGCCAGCAAACACUCAUCAUCACAAGGUUUAAUCAUUUAAGGCUUCUUCUGAGACGUCGGACAAUGGUAUCUCUCGAAUACGAUGCCUUGACUGGUCAGCUUUCGGGCGAUCUCGCGAGUGGCAUCGUCGACCAGAUCGGGCUACAUCGUGAAGAAAUUGCGGAGCCAAGCUCUUUCCGAUUUCACAUGGCAGUCUCGCUUGGGGGAGCCGUGCUAGUCUUGGCCACGCUCCUUGUCCGGGAUAUCACGCAGAUCGGAUUGCAGGGCGAGAGGACUAGAUACGUGGCUGCCUUUAACGACGGCGUUGCUAUGCUUGAGCAGCUCUCUAUGUUCCUUACCUCAGCAAGACGCAUCGCUGAUGACCUGAAGCCAAUCAUCCAGGUAGCAACCUCGAUCAACCAUGUCCCAACGUCAGCUGGGCACAUGAGUAUGGUUCCCGUUGACCUUGACGGCCUUUUUCCACAAGGAGUCAUGGACUUUGCACAGCAGACUAACUGGUUUGACGAGCCCUUCCUAGGUACCAGUGCGGGCGAGCCCGUCAAUGCAGCGAUGCAUGACUCUGUCGCACCAGAGGCUUGGGAGAUCGACUUCAGCUAUGCCACCACAGGCUACGGCGCCACGUGGAUAUAA